AAGGUAGGGCACUGAUAAGGGGUUGACAGGUAUGGAGAUGGGUUCGAAUGUUUCCGCUCUGUGCCGUUGAAGAUCACUCGAGAUUCUCGGCUUCACCAGAGGGAAAUUACACUCGCAAUAUGUUGCCACCAUUUCAACCACGGCAGUUCAAAAUGCUGCCUCUUCAUACUCCCUUAUCAGAAUGGACGGAGAGCUGUAUGGUCUACGUGGACCACUACACGUGUCUGCCAAAGGAGCACAGACCUGGGCAGUCGUGAUUCUCUAUACGGGUCUUCGCAUAUCUUUAAUCUCAGCAGGCUCGCCAUCUCUCGAGGGCGCUUCUUGUGUGUGGCAACGUGUUCAGGAACUAGAUGCCAACGUUGAAGUCCGCUAGCCUCUAGUUGUGUUAUUCCUCCCUUGAAGGGGUGCACGCUGCAAUGUUUUGCGCAAUGGUCCAUAGUUUGGGUUGCAUGUUCCACAAUCGCACGCCUGUGACGUGCCUUUAAUCUUCCCAUUCAUGAAGGAGACGCACGCAUAGAUCUGUCGAUGUUGUGAUGUGCUUGAUGGUCAAACCGGUAUCUGCGAGGAAUGUCAAAGCCAGUAGGUUGCGAUGUUCGGGUCUCGACUGAGGUGUUUAUUCUGGACGUCUGCGUUGUUCCACUCUGUUCGCUCGCAUUUUCCCCAGAUCUGGGCGAGAUUCUAGGAUGGUGACGGCAGCGCCAUCCUGGGAAAGAGAAAGAGAGCGGAGACGGCGGCGAGCGUCUCUCUCUUCCUCUGCCGCCGCUACCAUGUCCAUUCAAGACUCGGGCCAAGUGAGCGACUUUUCCAGCGACGAGAAGGCGGCGAUUCGUACGAUAUGGAAGAACGUUUACGAAAAGUACGAGGACGCAGGCGUUGCCAUUCUCUCGAGGCUGUUUGUGAGUCACCCGGGCGUCAAGGAGUUCUUCCCCAAGUUCCGCGAGCUGCGCACGACGGAGAGCAUGAGGAAGUCCCCGGCGCUGCGCUGGCACGGCGAGAGGAUCAUCAACGCCAUCAACGACGCCGUCGAGGAGCUGGACGUACCGGCCAUGCAGAGGCUGCGCCUGAGGCAGCUGAGCCAGAGGCACGCCACGGAGUUCAACGUAGAGCCGCAGUUCUUUAAGGAGGACCUCAAUCGCAGGGGCCCAACGAGGCGAUGCACAGCGGUGCACGCGGGGACUUCCACGACUGCGCUUUGCUGAGGCAGACUUUUUUAAUUGUCAGCCCUGGUGACUCUGCCGUGCUGAUGAGUCCCAACGAGAAUGAAACCGGUCCACAGUUGACUCUCUCUGCAUCGCUGCUGCUGCUGCUGUCGGUCGAUCACAUUUGCUGAAAUGUAUUUAUAUAUAAAAUGUACAACGUUGUGGGAUGCAAUUAGCACGAAUGCCGCUAUGUGGAAUGAAAUCACUGCAUUCUUGUUAUUUUUGUGCACUUCUUGAGGAAAAUGCUGAUGGAUUUGGCAUAAUGUAGAGAGAGUAGCUGUGCGAUAUAUGUUCAUGUAUGUAUGUUCACGCGUGUCUGUGUUGAUUGAUUGAGGCCAGGCCUUAGGGCCGGGCUAUCAGGGCAGUCGCCAAUCGUUUUACGAGCACAGUACCCAGCACCCUUUCAUUCACGCACUCACGUUUACUGGUGCGUCUUAACGAGUCCGUAUGCAAUGUGGCACAAACACAAAGAUCCCCCGUGCAGACUUAGCAGAGAUGUUGGGGCAAGUGCUGUUAGCGA